CUCUGAGGAAUCUCGAAGGCCGGGAGUCGGGAGCUGGAGCUGGAGAGUAGGCUGCCGGCUGACUGUCGGAAGUCGCAGGGAGAGAGGAAGGGUGUUGGCUUGCUCGGAGCCGCCACCGAGAGCGCAGCGGUGGCUGAGAUUCCUUCUGCUGAAGAGAGGAAAGCUCAUCCAAGGCCACAAUGUCACUUCCCAGUUAUCCAAGAGCUGCUUGCUCAAGCUAACACUGCCAGAAUCCUGCUCCCUUGGGAGGAGUCAAGCUGACUUGGCAUGAGGUCCCUGCCUUCCUGGGGUUGAGAGAAGUACAACUAUGGCAUCUUUGGAUGACGCAGGGGAAGUGAGGGAAGGCUUCCUGUGCCCUCUGUGCCUCAAGGACCUUCAGUCUUUCUAUCAACUUCAGUCACAUUAUGAGGAAGAACACUCAGGAGAUCGUGAUGUCAAAGGGCAAAUUAAAAGUAAGAAAUCUUGUUCAGAAGGCUAGGAAAGCAAAGAACAAGUUGUUGAAACGAGAAGGAGAUGAUCGUGUGGAGCCAGGGACCCAAGGAUACGAAUCAUUCAGCUAUGGAGGGGUUGAUCCUUACAUGUGGGAACCUCAAGAGCUUGGUGCUAUGAGAAGCCAUCUUUCUGAUUUUAAAAAACAUCGUGCUGCAAGGAUUGACCACUAUGUUAUUGAAGUCAAUAAAUUAAUAAUCAGGUUGGAAAAGCUUACCGCAUUUGACAGAACAAAUACUGAGACCUCAAAGAUUAGAGCAAUAGAAAAGUCUGUGGUGCCUUGGGUCAAUGACCAGGAUGUUCCAUUCUGUCCAGACUGUGGGAAUAAGUUCAGCAUCCGGAACCGCCGUCACCACUGCCGCCUCUGUGGGUCUAUCAUGUGCAAGAAGUGUAUGGAGCUCAUUGGCCUGCCCUUGGCAAAUAAGCUCACCAGUGCCAGCAAGGACUCCCUGAGCACCCACACCAGCCCCAGCCAGUCACCUAACAGUGUCCAUGGCUCCCGCCGAGGCAGCAUCAGUAGCAUGAGCAGUGUCAGCUCAGUCCUGGACGAGAAGGAUGAUGAGCGCAUCCGCUGCUGCACGCACUGCAAGGACACGCUGCUCAAGAGAGAGCAGCAGAUGGAUGAGAAGGAGCACACGCCUGACAUCGUGAAGCUCUACGAGAAACUUCGACUUUGCAUGGAGAAAGUUGAUCAGAAAGCUCCUGAAUACAUCAGGAUGGCAGCAUCAUUAAAUGCUGGGGAGACGACCUACAGUCUGGAGCACGCCAACGACCUUCGAGUGGAAGUGCAGAAAGUGUACGAGCUAAUAGAUGCUUUAAGUAAGAAGAUCUUAACCUUGGGCUUGAACCAAGACCCUUCACCACAUCCAAACACUCUUCGGCUACAGAGAAUGAUCAGAUACUCAGCUACACUAUUUGUGCAGGAAAAGUUAUUGGGUUUGAUGUCACUGCCAACCAAAGAACAGUUUGAAGAACUAAAAAAGAAAAGGAAGCAGGACCUGGAGCAGAAGAGGACCAUGGAGCGACAGGCUGCUCUGGAGUCCCGACGGAAGCUUGAGGAAAGGCAGAGUGGUUUGGCAUCUCAUACAGCCAAUGGGGACAUGAGGUCUCUUCAAGGCAUACCUGCCCCCUUGCGAAAGGCUGAGGGCUGGCUCCCACUGUCAGAAGGUCAGGUACAGAGUGAAGACCCCGACCCUCUCCUUCAGCAGAUCUAUAACAUUACAUCGUUCAUCAGGCAGGCCAAGGCUGCAGGCCGCACAGAUGAGGUGCGCACACUUCAAGAGAACCUGCGGCAGCUGCAAGAUGAGUAUGACCAGCAGCAGACUGAGAAGGCCAUCGAACUGUCCCGGAGGCAGGCUGAGGAGGAGGAGCUACAGCGGGAGCAGUUACAGAUGCUCCGCCAGCGGGAGCUGGAACGAGAAGAAGAGCAGUUCCUGGCAGCAUCUCUGCAAACACGGACUCGUGUUCUAGAACUCCGAGAAGUUUUACCCUUCCAGUUGGAGCCCAUCCGAGGGCCUCACACUGAUCUUGCCUAUUCCUUAGAUGAGGACUCCUCCCCAGUUCAGAGCAGCACAGCUCCUGAUAUCCUUUCACCUGGCUCAGCUCUAGCACCCAUCCAUGUGUGGUCUGGGUCCCCAGCCCUUAGCCAAGAAUUACUCCUUCAGAGCACCAUAUCACAGCCAAGUAGUAAGACCUCUCUCAACCCGUUUGAUGAAGAAGACCUCUCCAGCCCUAUAGAGGGUGCUGUCAGCCCUGCUGCUGUAGAGGCUUUCCUGGGCCCUCCAGCUGCUGUCACCAAAGAAUACAAUCCUUUUGAGGAAGAUGCUGAGGAAGAGGAGGUGGCAGAGUUGGGGGCAGGGAAUCCCUUCACUGACCCAGACAGUCCAGCACCCAACCCCUUUGAUGAGGAUGACCAUCCCAGGUCUGCCAGUCCAGCCGCCCCUGGAAACCCUUUUGAAGAGUGUCCAUGCACCAACCCCUUUGAGGUAGACAGUGAUAGUGGCAUGGAGGCUGAGGAACACAUUGAGGAGGAGCUGCUCCUGCAGCAAAUUGACAACAUCAAGGCUUACAUCUUCGAUGCCAAGCAGUGUGGUCGAAUGGAUGAGGUUGAGGUUCUGACGGAGAACCUCCGGGAGCUGAAGUGCACCCUGGCUAAGCAGAAGGGGGCCCCUAACUGACAGCAGUGGGCAGGAACUGGGCAGAGUCUUUGGUAGCAUGAUAUCAAGUGGGAGGAGGAGAUGGGCAGGCGCCUGAAACGCACACAGGUGGGGGUUGGAAAUAGUAGUCUCUUGCUGUGCACUUUGAGACAUUUCCACUAUAGUUGAACAAGAACAGGAAAAAAAUCGGCAUUAUUUGCUGGUUUUUCUGUAUUUCUUUUAAUGAAGUGUUCCCUUUUCAGGGGACUUUAUGAUUUUAUUUAUUGAGAUACAGAGCUGGGCCAAGGUAGAAAUGGCUCCUGGGUACCUCUUUGUCCAUUUUCUGCUGACUGUUCUUGGUCAUUAUGCAGUAUUAUAGGGAAGCCCUUAACAGACCCCUUCCACUAGCCAAGAUAGGCAGGGGCUCAGCAGGAGUCUGUCCUGACUUGGUUGCUUCCUUUCAGCACCUCCCUGCUUGGACUAUCUCUUGGACACUUAGGGAGAUGCUGUGUGAAGGCAGAGUCUAAACCCAGUGGGCACCAGUGCCUCUUUUUACAGAUGGCAGGAAUGUUGCCAGUGUUGCCCCCUCCCAGUUAAAGGAAGUAAAGUUCCCAAGUGUGAGGGUGGUGGGGUGGUGGUGUCAGUGUGAGCUUGACUAUGAGACAGUAGUGAUCAACUUCUUGGUGGAUGUUAUGGUUUGGGAGAACUUUCUACUUGUGCAGUUGUCAGCCCCUGGGGUUUGAUAGAACGACCACUAUAUAGGUCACAUUCAAGGGCCUGUGACUUGGGAAUUGUGACUGGUUAGUUUCUGUGGAAUAUUAGUAGGUGAUGGAACACUUCUGAGUCAGGAGAUAAAUUCUAGUAACUUCCAAGGCCCUCACGUCAGCCUUCUUCCAUGUGGUUCAUUCUGGAAACUGGUAAGAUGUUAUUUUACUACUUCGAGUACUGAAAGACAGAAAUAUUUGAGGCAUAGCCUGAGAUCAUUCCACAGCUCUGAAGUACUUGAACUCUUGAUAGAAGACAGAAAGGGAAGUUAUGUAGCUUAGUACUUUGGUUUACAGGAACAGGUCAGUUGACAGAUGACCUUGUAAGAUCCUUGGUGUGCUCAGCUCUGGGUCAUUUCUUUAGUUAAUGGACAAUAACUGUCUACUAGUCACUUUCCCUUUAGCUAGCUCUGGGCCGUGCCUUUUGUUCGCUACUGGUGUGCAAGCUCAAAUUCUUCUCUCACAUUCUGGUGAAGAUCUGUCUUGGUGGUAAGAAUACCAUGUGGGUGCAAAGAUCUCUAUUUUGGCAGCUUUAAUCCCAAUUCAUAGUACCUGUUGGGGCUUUGGCUGGAUAGAAAGCCCACUUGGAGAGGAAGGGUAAGAACCCUUUGGGGUUCUGGAAGGUAAGCAGCCUGGCAUCGUAUGUUACCUGGGGCAGGCUUCCCCUCUUUCUAAAGCCUAGUCCCCAGGCAUGCCCAGCACAUCACCCUGCUUCAUCUGCUUCUGUGUGAUGGAAAAGGAGGCAGCUCUAAAAUAAGGAUGAAGCUGAAUACUGGUUUUCACCAUUACUUUUCCUGACACAGAUCAGGUGUUCAGGGUGGUUCAACUGCAGACAUUGCUUUUCUUAUAAGAAUGGCUUUCUUAAUUAGCUAGUGACUCAUUAAAUGUACUCCUUUCUGGAACUCACUCUAGAUAGCAGUCUAACAGAGCAUGGGGAAAACAGAUGCUUUUCAACAGCCAUUUCUUAAAUCCCGAUUGAAUUUUAAACCAAGUGAACUCAGAUUCCAGAGGUUUUACUGAGUUUCUUAUUGAAUUCCUCUUUGAUCAUAUUCUGAAAGUCAGAGACAUAACAAGAGAGACAUGUCUACCCAUUGGCUGUAUCACUUCCCAGAAUUCCUACAAGUCAGUUGGUUUGCAGAGGGUGUUUGGCCUGUGAGUGAACCACAGUGCCAGCUUCUUACCUUGGGUGAAUAUUUCAUGAUUCCCAAGGUCCCAAGCUCCACCUCAGCAGUGAAGGAGCACAUCCUUGAUAAGGUAUUGGCAGAUCCCUUAGGUGUAGGUCCUGUUCACAGUGGAAGGGCUUCUUGCUUUGUUCCCUUCUAACACACUAAGGAACUGGAGCCUCACUCAUUGCACUUACCACACAUCAUGUCUUUGUUGUCAGAUGUUAAAACAUCUUUCUAAGUCAUCAUGAGCCAUGUUGCAUAGCAGUGCCAUGCAGUUCAAAUUGUGGAAUUGGCCUCUGGACAAGGUCAGACUAGAGGAGCAUGGUGUUCUGGUAAUCAUGAUGACUGUCAGCAAGAUGGUCAUUGACGCACAUGCACUACACUGGGGCCUUGUAUCAGAGGCUUUUAUUAAAAAAAUAUCAUUUAUGUGAGGCUUUUAUUAAAAAAAAUAACAUGUUCAUGGCUGGGCUUGUGUGUGCUUAAAACGUCCCUCCACUGCCUUUUUGUAGUGAGUGUGUGUGAGUGUGUGUGUGUGUGUGUGUGUGUGUGUGUGUGUGUGUGUGUUUGCAUGUGCACAUGGAGGCCAGAGGACAACCUUGGAUAUUAGUCCUAGGAAAGCUGUCUGCCUUCUUUUAGGCAGGGUUUCUCAUUCUUGGCUCCAGCUUUGCCAACAGGCCCGUGGUAUGUUGUUUGACAGAGGACAGGUUGGACACUUACAACUCACUUUGCCAUCAUUAUCUAGGUGGGUUUGGGUUGGCUCAGGAAUGGUGAAGAGGGAAGGGCUUAGCUACUAUAUAGACCAAAGAGACAGCAUGAGCAAUCUGGAAAGAAGUUGGGUACAGCUAGCUGGGUUGCUACAGUGACUUCAUCUGGGCCUGGAGCCCGAGGAGGGGCCUUGUAUCCAGUGCUUAUGGUGGGGUGGGUCGGAGUUCACUAUGAUGGAAGUCAUCAUUGAAUCUUUCUAACAAGCAGAGUUGUACUUCUGGGACCCUGCCCAGGUCUGUUUGAUUUGGGACACCAAACUGUUUGUGUAAGAUACUGGGUUUUUCCUGUGGGUGCAGUAUCAUCUGUGACUAGACUUUAAAACCUGCAGCCUCCUCAGAAGUCUAGCAGAACUUUAAUCACUUCAGAAUUUUAGUUUAGCACUUUAGAUUUUAGUUGUGAUAUUUCUUGGAAGUUAUCAGUCUUCUUACAAGCAGCAACUGGUUUGAAUAAAAAACCAAUAACCUUUCUUGGAGUCAUUAGGGAACUGAUUUGCAGGGCUCACUUUCCUCCCAGCACCUGCAGUGGUGAGUUCAGAGUAAGCCAAGACCUGAUAGCUACAGCAGAAGCCAUGACUAGUAGGAAAAGCAGGAGUAACUUUGGGUUUUGUUAUUGGGCUGUGACUGAGGAUAGGGCCUUGAACAUACUAGGCAUAUGAUCUACUACUGAGUUAUAUUGCUAGCUUUUUAUUCUUCAGACAGGGUUGAGUUUGAAUUCAGUGUAACCCAUGCGGGCCUUGAACUUGUGAUCCUUCUGCUUCAGUCUCCAGAGCUUCUGGAAUCACAUGUUUGCAUGACCAAGACUGGCACAUAGCCUUGACGAGUCCUGGAGGCUGACUGUCCACUAGGCACAGUGAGGGCCUGCUUCCUACAAAGGCGGUUCCUUGUUGGUUCUAAUGGUGAGCACUGAGAAGGCUCCUCCUAUAGCCGGGGCAGAAGAAUUUUGUAACAAAAGUAUCGUAGUAAAGCCUUCUACAAAUGAAGAGACUUCACCAAACCUACUUAUUUGGGCAAACAUAUUGCCCCCACCCAGUUUCCUUUUGCCUUCUCUGUCUGCCUUCUUUGUCUGAGGGAGAAGUAGGAAAUUAAGAAACAUAUUCAGGUCAUGGCUUGAGACAGCCUAAGAUCAUAGAAUCCAACCCUCUUUACCUUAUAUUCCCCUAGGGCUCCAGGAUAGAUAGUAAGAGGAUCACAGCUGCAAGAGACUGCAGAGGAGGACCCAGGAACUCCAAGCUUCUGAUAUCUAUUCCUACAGCAAACAGUCCUCACACUAGAGACUUCAGCACCUUAGUUUCUACUCCACACAUAGCCAGUGACUCAAAAUGGUUAGAAGCAUUCUAAAAGGUAAGCAAGUGACACUAGACUCAUGCCGGAAUUACCAGACAGUAAAUUUAACUGCAGGUUAUGCAUUACAGAGACUAAUAUGAAUAAACAAUGUGUAAGAACA